AUGAUCACAGGAGUAUCGACUGCUGAAGAACCUGUACACAACCCAAUUGAAGUUACCACGCGAAAGUACCAUGCGGAGACGGGUGUCUUUUGGGAAUAUAAAUUAGAAAACAAAAAUCGGCAGAAAGCCGAAAUCCAAGAGGAUUAUGACUCCAUCGCAGAGAACUCGCCCUAUGUCUCACGUUCAGAAGAUUUUCUUUUCUAUAUCGCUAAUCUGAAUCGAAUUCGACUUCGAAUGCGUCGUUUCUCGUCUGGGUUCAAACACAGAGAAAUCAGGAGCUUGUUAUUCUCAAGCCGGCAGAGAAAACAAGAUCUUGUCAAAGAUGAGCUGCUAGGUGUCACUCCUCCUCACCCAGCUGGACUAAUUAAAAAAUUGGCUUCAUACAUGCUGCUAAUACUGACGGACGAGUACAACACUUCUCAAGUUCACGCAGGGUGUCAGCAACGACUAACAAGUAUUCCAUAUGACGAGGAGGUUUGCGGACACAGAAAAACAAGAGAACGUGCAACGUACUGGGUUGAAGGAUCUCAAGGCGGCUUCAUUUCAAAGAGAUUGGGUGAUGUGGAUUGA